AUGGCGCUGCGAACCCUAAUUACCAGAAAUGUCGUGGCCGGAAGCUCUUUAGGUCUCCGGCAGCAGGCGCGUGGACUGCAGACCUUCUCGCUGCCGGAUCUUUCGUACGACUAUGGAGCUCUUGAACCCGCGAUUACCGGAGAAAUUAUGCAGCUCCACCACCAGAAGCAUCAUCAGACUUACAUCACUAAUUACAACAAAGCUCUCGAGCAGCUCGAUGAUGCCAUCAACAAGGGAGACGCUUCUACUACCGUCAAAUUGCAGAGUGCCAUCAAGUUCAAUGGCGGAGGCCACAUCAAUCACUCGAUUUUCUGGAAGAAUCUAGCUCCUACUCGGGAAGGUGGCGGUGAGCCUCCUCAGGGAUCUUUGGGAGGAGCUAUUGAAACCAAUUUUGGCUCUUUGGAAGCCUUGAUCCAAAAGAUGAAUGCAGAGGGUGCUGCUCUGCAGGGAUCUGGAUGGGUGUGGCUUGGACUGGACAAAGAGCUGAAGCGCCUCGUGAUCGAAACCACUGCAAAUCAGGACCCCCUAGUUACUAAAGGAUCAAGUUUGGUUCCUCUGCUUGGGAUUGAUGUUUGGGAGCAUGCAUACUACUUACAGUACAAAAACGUCAGGCCUGAUUACUUGAAGAACAUAUGGAAAGUGAUGAACUGGAAAUAUGUAGCUGAUGUUUACGAGAAAGAGUCUGCUUGA